AGGAAAAAAUAAGAGACGAGAUUAAAUCGAUUAUGGGUGAAGAUAAUAAUUUGACGAUAUCGUUGUUUCAAAAACUUUCGUAUUUCGAGAGAUGUUUAAAAGAAUCUCUUCGUUUGUAUCCAAGCGUUCAUAUAAUUUCUCGGCAAAUUUCUCAUGAUUUGCAGCUAAAACAUUAUUUAAUUCCAUCUGGUACGACGUUGGGAGUUAACAUUUACAGUGUACACAGAAAUCAGAAAUACUGGCCAAAUGCAAAUGUUUUUGAUCCGGACAGAUUUUUACCGGAAAAUAUUAAAGGACGUCAUCCCUAUGUCUACAUACCAUUUAGUGCAGGACCGAGAAACUGUAUUGGUCAGAAGUUGGCAAUGCUCGAGCUUAAAGUCUUCGUAGCUUUUAUAUUGUACAAUUUUGAGCUGGAACCGGUUGAUGAGCUAGAUGAAACUUCUAAUUAUCUCUGUAUUAUUGAGUAAUAUAUUUUAAUGUUUAAAAAAAAUGCAAUUAAAAAUUUUUAAAUAUGUAUGUAUAUUUAAUAAUUAUGUAAUUAAAUAGAAUGAAAAAAAUAUAUAUGGGAUCCGUGUUUUAAAUGCAUGUAUUAGGAUCUGUCUGGUUUUUCGAAAAAAACGUUGAUUUGCAUGAAUCCGGGAACAAGCCUUCGCUAAACAAAGCAUAUUAUUACAAAAAAAUCUCUAAAUCUGUCAUUAUAUUAAAAUAAUAAUAUUGUAAUUGUUCUUAGGCAUAUUGCUCUUACAAGAUUUACAAUUUAAAACAUUAGACAACGUAAAUAUCUAUUUGUAAUUAAUUAAUCGAUAAAAAUAAACAAAAAUUUUAUUUAUGA